AUGGUAAAAAUUAGGGGAUUCAAACCUGGUGGUACUGAAAACCCUUUACUUUUAAGAAGGAGAAAUAUAGUAAAUACAGGUCCUACCAUAAAGGAGAAAUUAGAAAGGUCAUCUCGUCCAACAUGGGAUGAACUGAGGAAGUUAUUAAACAACAAAGAAGUCAGUGACAACAAAGAUGUAGAGGCUCAAAAUGCACUAUAUGUUGAGAAGAUGAACGAAAUCAGGGAAAAGAAACUAGGUAAGUUAUGGUCUAAGGACAAUUCAAGCCACAAGAAUAGUAAGGAUGCAAAUUAUCAGGUGAAUAAUUAUAAACUAAAACAAGAACCAAAUAGGAGGUAUAGCACUAGUAAGUAUUAUAAAGAGCAUAGAUCCCGAUCAUUUGAUCGUUCUACCCCAACAUCUGAAUAUUAG